AUGUCAUGGGAGCUGCCGCUCUUGACAUCUCUCGUCCUCAGCGUUCUGGGCUUCUGGUCGCUCGGCUCCAGUGGUCCUCGCCUUGGCUUCUUCACGACCUUGGCUGCCGUCCUCAGCGCCGCUCCCUUCCUCGUCGAUCACCGCCGUCUGCUCCGUACAAUCUACUCUGUUGAAUCUCUGGUCCUCAACGAUUUGAGGCCAGAUGUUCUGCUGGCCACUCACUUCAGGAUGGCCUUGACUUUGGGAGCCGUUGUUUGGCCGCGGCUGACCACCUUCCUCAUCAUCAGGCUCCUCCAUCGAUCGUGGCAGACGAUAUGGAAACCUGUCCCCGAACUCAUCAACAUUCUCGGCGUCGAUGUCCCCGAACCUCCCGAUGUAUGCCUCGCCGGCAUCCGAGCCGAUGCCGCCACCCUCAGCUGGACGCGACCUCUACCGAACCGUCCGGUCCAGAAAUAUCUUAUCCAGGUCAAUGGGAUACACGUGGGAGAGUCCCCCGGCAACGAGAUUGCCAUAACGGUUACCGGUCUAAAGCCAGACCACUUCUACAACAUUCGCGUCGUGGCCAUGGGACCCAACAAUUUCCAGGCAGCCAGCCAGACCGUCCGCCUCCGGACCUUUGGCAAGGAUGGGAAGCCGUAUCUCGGCAACGCUCGCCUGCCUACCAGCUUCAUCGGCGAUGAACAGUCUAGGCCGAAGGGUCUCGAGGAUGACGCCCUCCAGGGCUCUGCCACGUGCUCAUUUGCCGCCGUCGAAGCCGCUCCCGUUCUUGAUGGUAGCCAAGCCGCGAGGCGGGAUUCCGCCGGCGCCCAGCCGGGCCAGCGGCGAAACACGAUAAACCGACGCCACUCUCCCUCCGUCACGAGCGCAGACCACCAACCCGCCAAGCAGCCCUCCGCGAACGAUGCCGAGGCGUCGCUCGACGAGCUCAACCGCCGCUUUCAAGAGAUCCGCAAGGAAAUCAAUGACACGGUGGCCCUGCUCGCCGCUGAUGAGGCCGAGUACAAGCAGAUCGAAGAAGAGCUGAAGAGGGAUAAGGAAUCCAAGAGGCAUUCGCUCAAGGAGAAGGAAGAGCUGACUGCCGGCCUAAAGGGCCAGGUCCGGUCCACCAUGGAAUCUAUGCGCGCCGCUGAAAAGGAACGCAGCAGGAAAGAGCAGCAGCUCAAGGACAAGGAGGCCAAGAAGUCAAAGGUUCGCGACAGCAUAAGCAAGCUCGAGCAGGAAAUGGAGAGGAUGAAGAAGGAGCGCGACGGCUUCCAGGCCCAGAAGGCAUCACUCGAGCACAAGAGGGACUCGGACGUCAGCAACCUCCAGGCAGAGCUCUCCAAGCUCCAGGAGGACUACAACCAGCUCGAGACGGACCUCAGCAACAAGGGCAAGCAGCUCAACGAGAUGAAGGGGGCCCGGAAGCAUCUCCCCGGCGCCGACGACGAGCAGGUCAAGGAAAGCGACGAGCGCACCCGGAGGGAGUGGGAGGGUCUACGGAGCGCCCUGCAUCACCAGCUGGUCGAGGAGACCAAGAUUAGCCACCAACUCGAUCAGCGAUACCACGCCCUCGCCAAGCAGGUCAACCUCCAGCAUCACCAGUCCGGCAUGGCCUUUUACGGCCCGCCGGAUCCUACGUCUGGCGCCAUGGACCAUGGCGCCAUAUCAGCCCAACAACAGCAGCAGCUACAGCAGCAGCAGCAGCAGCAGCAGCAACAACCCAAGCACCCAAGCCUCAACAGCAGCGCCGACGCACGCAUGCCGCCCCUCGACUCUCAGCUUCCCGUGACGGAAUCGCCGCCUCAGCUCCCGCCGGGCCUGACCCGCAUCCCCCCUUCCUUUGCACCCCUGCUCUUCCUCCACAACGGAGACGAUAUCGAAGAGGAGCUCAGGUCUGCCGUGGGGCCCCUGAGCCCUUCGGCCCAGGCUUACCUGCCUUCUGGCAUCAUCGACAAUGAGACCGAUACCCGGCCAGUCCGGACCCCGAUGCUGCCCGAGUCCGUCGCCGCUCGCGAGGAUGAUCCGCAGUCGCCGGCGUCGUCGGGCCACUCCUUUAGUGUGUUCUCGAGCCCGCAUUCGUCGUCGUACAAGCUCCCCUUCCCGCAGUAUCAGGACAAGAGCGAACAGGCCUCCCUGAACAUGAAACACUCGGGCACGGCGGCUUCCGCCUCGGGCCACAGGCUCACCAGCCUCCUGUCGGGCUUCCAGCGUAACAGGGGCGGCAGGCCUGGAGACGACGGCGAGGCCGAUGAGGGGCUCCCCAUCGGCUCGCUCAAGGGAGGCCAGAGCCAGUCGUUCCCCCGCGGGACCGACGAAGUCGACAUCACGGGGACCAGGCGCAGGAUGACCCUUUCGCUCAAGAGCCACCGUAACUCGACCGGUCUUGACGGAUCGCUGGCGCAGGCCCUCGGGGGGUCCUGGAUACUGCCACGGCGCCUGAACCCGUUUGCCAGCUCGGCCGCCGGGAACUUCUUUGAUCGCAACCCGGAUGGGUCCCGCCCGGCAUCCAUCGCCUCUUCGGAUCUGCUCCAACCGUCCGCGGACAGCGGGUCGAUCUGGAACGCGCCGGGUGCCGAUGCAGGGUCGGUACACCGCAUGUGGUCGCCGGGCGAUGGCUGGUGGGGGUCUCGCAACGGAUCCCGACGGCCCAGCAACCACGGGUCCCCCUCGGCCCUGACGACGACGCUCGCCUCGGCCGACGAUGAGAUACUGUACGAAACGGAGCUCAACGACCCUCAGACGUUACCGAGCCAGGACUGGCCGUCGGACCAACCGCGCAUGUCCCGCGACGCCCAGUCGGUAGACACUCUGGUGUCCGUGUCGGAGUCGCACGACUCCCUGCCACCGGACGCGUCCCACUCGAGCGCGACCAACCUGGAGCAGCUGCUCUCUUCGAGCGUCAGCUCGACGCCCCGCGAUGCGGAAGGCGGCGCCAACGGCGUCAACGGGAUCCGCAAGCUCCUCCGCAAGGGCAGCUCGUCGAGCAAGUUUAGCCUGUCCAGCCGUCUGGGCAAGGAGUCUGGCGGUGGCCUAUUCAAGAAGGGUCCCGGUAGCGCGACGACCAACUCGGACAGGAACGCCUCGGCUGAGCACCGGUCCAGCAUCGGCGACCUGGACGACCCAGGUGAGGACCCGACAGCCCAGUACGGGCGCAGCUACGACAGCAUCACGAGCAGUCCGUCCCUGGGACCGGCAGUGUCCAAGGAGUCGAUGAGGGAGUCCUUGUCCGGCAGCAACGGCAAGGAGAGCCGCAUGUCCAACUGGAGGUUCAUGAAGAAGAAGGGCAAGGAUGCCACGGCUACGACGCCCAGCAAGGAGAAGGAGAGCCUGGAGAUGGACAGGACGCCGGACGAGUGA